AUUAUCUUGUCAAAUGUUAUUCUUCAUUGUAGGCAUGAAUCAAAGCUAAUCGAUGAGAUUGUUGAAGUGAUAUGGGCAAAAUUGCGCCCUUCAUUUAUGCUCAACUCGAUGGAGGAUUUUGUAGGAAUUGAAUCCAAGUUCAACAAAUUACGGUUUCUAUUAUGUUCAUCGGUGGAUGAUGUUCGCUUUGUUGGGAUAUGGGGGAUGGGUGGAAUUGGAAAGACAACUCUUGCCAGAGCUCUUUACGGCAAUAUGUCUCAUGAAUAUCAAUUCAGUACCUUUCUCCCCAAUGUUAGAAGUAUUAGUGAUGGGAUGAAUGGUCUAUGUCACUUACAAAAGAAACUCCUCUCGGGGAUAGGGAUGAUAAAGGACGACAUAUGGGACCCUCAUGAAGGAGUCGCACUGAUCAGGAGAUAUUUAUAUCACAAAAAGGUCCUUCUCAUUCUUGAUGAUGUAAACAAUAUGGACCAGUUAGAGUAUCUGGCUGGAAAGCAAGAAUGGUUUUGUCCUGGGAGCAGAAUUGUCAUUACGACUAGAGAUGAGCAUUUGUUAAUCGCACAUGGAGUGCAGAGAAGAUUUAAGGUUGAGGGACUACCUAAUUCUCAAGCACUUAAACUUUUUAGUCUGAAAGCCUUUAAGAAGGAUUAUCCUCCAGAUGAUUACCUUGGUUUGUCAAGACGUGUUGUGCAUUAUGCCAAAGGUCUUCCGCUAGCUGUUAAGGUUUUGGGAUCUUUUCUGCAUGGAAGAAGGCUAAGUGCGUGGAAUAGCACAUUGGGAAAACUGAGUGAAGUUUUCAACUCGGAAAUUUUGGAGAUACUUAAAAUAAGUUAUGACGGUCUACGUGAUAAUGAGAAGAAAAUUUUCCUUGACAUUGCAUGCUUUUUUAAUGGGGAUCACAAAGAUCAAGUAAUAAAGACUCUGGACAAUUGCGGUAAUAGUGCAAGUAUUGGAAUAGAUGUUCUUGUUGAGAGAUCUCUCUUAACUGUUACAUAUAGUCAAAUUUUGAUGCAUGACUUGUUACAAGAAAUGGGUCGGGAACUUGUCUGUCGAGAAUCUCCAGAUGAGCCAGGUGGGCGUAGCAGGUUGUGGCACUGGGAGGACGUUAAUCAUGUCUUGAGCAAAAACACAGGAACAGGAGGAAUAGAAAGCAUACUUGUGAAUCCAGCCAAGUCAAGAAUGGUCAUGCAUGUGAUUCAUGCGAAUGCGAAGUCCUUUUUGAUGAUGAGCAAGCUGAGACUUCUAAUUAUCAAUGAUGUGAACCUCGCAAAUGGGCUUGAAUGUUUUCCUGAUGAUUUACGAGUUAUUGAAUGGAGUGGGUAUCCUCUGAAAUAUUUCCCGUCACACUUCAAUCCAGAGAAGCUAUUAGAACUUAACAUGAGUCACAGCCACAUUGAACAUUUCUGGACGGGAAUAAAGGCUUUAUACAAGUUGAGAAGCAUUAAUCUCUGUCACUCUUUGAGUCUAAUUGACACCCCAGACUUCAGAGGUAUGCCAUAUCUGGAGUGUCUGAUUCUUGAAGGUUGUAUACAGUUAUAUAGGGUUCAUUCCUCGCUUGGAACUCUAGAAAGACUUACUCUAAUAAACUUGAGAAAUUGUACAAACCUUGUACAUUUUCCAAGCAGUGUAUGUGGUUUAAAAUCUCUUAAGGUUCUUGAUGUUUCUGGUUGCUCAAGGCUUCAAAAACUGCCAGACGACUUGGGUUGUGCAGAGUGCUUGGAGGAGCUUGAUGUGAGUGGAACUGCUAUAAGAGAACCACCUCCGUCUAUUGGUCUUUUGAAAAAUCUUAAAGAAUUAUCUUGCCGUGGGUGUAAAGCUGCAUCACCUAAACCUUGGUAUAUGCGUUUACCUUUUGGGUUAUCGCUGGAAAGAAGUCAGGAUCCAUCAUCUAAAUUUUGGAAUAUGAUUCCUUUUCGGCUAUCGCUGGCAAGAACUCCACAUCCCACAUCUUGGGCGCCUCGUUCUUUUGCUAGUUUGCGUUCCUUAGUAAAAUUGGAUCUAACUGACUGCAAUCUUUUCGAAGGAGCAAUCCCCAACGACAUCAGCUGCAUGGCUUCAUUAACGAAAUUAAAUCUAAGCAGAAACCAUUUUGCUAGUCUGCCCAGUAGUAUCUUUUAUCUUUCCAAGCUUGAAGAUCUGAAUUUGGAGUAUUGCGAGAGGCUGCAAACAAUGCCAGCGCUUCCUUCCCAAGUAGAACUGAAUGCUUGUAAUUGUGUUUCAUUGGAAAGAUGGUCGGUUCCAAUAGAACGAUGCAAAUUGCUUUUAUCAGCAAAUUUGACUAAUUGUUUCAAGCUGGGGAAGCAGGGCUGUAGGACUCUGGCGCUUACGCUUUUGAAACGAUAUCUUGAGGGAGUCCCAUAUCUUUACAGAUUAGAAAGUGGGUUGCGUUUUGUUGUCCCUGGAAAUGAAAUUCCAGACUGGUUCACUUACCAAAGUGUGGGAUCUUCAGUUUAUGUAGACGUACAUCCAGGCUUUAGUGGGAUGUACAUGGGAUUUGCAGGCUGUGCUGUUUUUGAAAUCAAAGGGAUGGUCAGAUUCCGAAAAAGAAAACGAGAUGGUCUGGGUACCAGCCGGACAUUGAGCCAAGCUGUGUCGCAUCACCUUUGGUUUGAGUACACACCUCGUCAUAUACAUUAUGAGGAUUGGCCAAGGUGGCAACAUUGUAGGCGGCUAAAAUUUUCAUUUGAGUUUGGUGGUCAAGACAUAGUGAAGAAGUGUGGGGUUCGGAUAGUGUACGAGCCAGAUAUCCAAAGCUUAAAUGAAUCGUUGAAAAAGAGUAACUUUGGCACUUCUCCAGAUUAUGCUUUGAAAUUCCCUGGCAAAGCAGCAGCUGUAUCUGCAGGUAGCAGUACCAAGUAUGGCACCCUUGAACACCAUGAUGAGGCAGCACCGAGUGGAAGUGGUUACCAUGGCUCUAUCACUAUGGAACCUGAUCUGGAAGGAUCAGUUGAGUUCCAUAUUGGUUUUUGAUGUCAUUAUUACUGCCUUACUCUCAUAAUCCCUUCGCCUCCACCAUGCAAUCACCUUUCUAGUUACUAGAAUCAGUGCAGCAGCUGAUGGUACCGUGAUGAUCUCGAAGUCGCAUCUCCACCCUUCUCCUUUCUUUCUAGCUUCUUUAGUUAUGGUACUUCUUUUCUCUGCAAUUUCUUUCUUCUUCUUGUCUCAUAUUCUUCCUCGUUUGCUCGGUCCAGUUCACUUGGUCAGUAGGUGACAAUGAAAUUUAUGGUACCAUUAGGCUUCAUAUUAAGGGUUGAAAUUAAUGAAUAUAAUUUAAGUAUUUUAAUCUCAACCAUUUUUAUUUAAUUCAAAAGUGACCACAAAAUUCCGGUUAUC